AGUAUAAUGACCAAAAGUAGAAAGAAGUAUAGGCCAAAAGUUGCAGAUAACAGUGAGAAAAUGAAGAAGAAGAAGAGUUGUAAUGAUCCUCCCUCCAUUGGUCCCUCCUCGAAGAAGAAAUGUAAUCAUCCUCCCUCUAUUGAUCCAUCCUCCAGAGUUGAUCCCACCUCCACCAAUACAGUUGAUCCCACUAUUGAUCCCUCCUUCAUUACAUCAAGUUCAUCUAACCCUAUACCCAAUCCAGCAAGUUCAUCCAACCCCAUAUGA